AUGCACACUCGCUCUUCAUUGCUAUUGCCGCUGGCAUGGUCGGCCUCGUUCUUGCCGGGCAUAAACGCACAAGAUUGUGAAUCCUAUGGUAUUGACUUUGUCAACAAUGGAAACUACUUUAUCAACAUAGCCUCAAACCAGUCCUUUACUUCAGUCACAGAGUUCAACCAAUGCCAAAAUGACACUGCGAAUGUCGAAUUGGUCAAUUGGGACACAGGAGAUGAAUACAUGUGCUCAGACAUCCCUCUACUACCCAACUUGACCCCGGAGACAUCCACCUGCGAUAUUGAGAAGGAUCAGAUGGUGUCAGGCACUUGGGGAUUGAUCCUAAUCUCGAACAACGGUGAUGGCGACCCUCUUGCGGCACAAAGAACUUUUUCGUUGACCGUUGGCACACAAGUGACUUCUACUGUUACACCGACCAUGACCUUCAAUAUGACGACUACUCCAACUGUUACAUCUCAUACGACAUCUUGGGUUGUUAACACUACGACCGUCAAUAACACUCACACCAUCACUGAGCCUGCUGCCACACGCUGGGUGACGAUCACCCCCGACCCUGUAGUCGUCACCAAAACAGUGAACCUCACCCGUACCUUGAAGACCUGGACACGCACUGCAGUUGUGUACACCAGUACCGCAACAGCCAGCUGCACAGUUCCUCCUCGUCCUCAACAGCCCGAUCCCCCAUGCACCAGAUGGCCUCGCCUUAUCCAAGUGCCUCAAGGCGUCCGCAUUGCCCACGAUAAAAGGGAAAACUAUGCCAGCAUCAAAAAGCGAUUGGCAGAUAUCCGUGCCAGAAGAGCUGCCGAGAUUGAUGCAAGAGAUUUGGCCAAGAGGACUGCUGAUGCGGCUACGAUCACUGUUACUGGCACUGUGCCUGUGAAUUCGACUAUCACAUUUACUGCUUCUCCAACAACAGUCAUGAAUAUUGUCUUGAGCAGUUCAACCGUCACUUCCACACUCCCACCAGCUACCGUCAAGACCGGCUAUGCAACAGCAUUGCUUACUCUUCCUCCCGUCACAAAGACUGCAUUCACCAUCAACACAGCCUGGUCAUGGCAAACCAAGACUAUGACGGCUACUUUCGUCAAGACGACUACUGUAACACCCACAGGCGUCAUGACUGCUUGCAAGAGCAUGGGUGGACACUUUGGAAAUGGAUGGUGGAACUAG